GAUGAGUUCCCGGUGGGGCUCUGGGGGGGCUCCUGAGCGGGGCAUUCCUUCCUGAAGCCUCAUCCCUGCUCAGCCCCUCCUCCUACUCCCCUCCCCUCCCCCUCCUGCCGGGCCAGGAAUUGGGUUUGGGGCGGGUUCUGCUUCCAAAGCCAUCUCUUCCAGCAGGCGAGGGCUCUACUCUGAGCUCGCAUUUUCCGAGGCUCCGGGCCGUGCUCGGCGCUGGCCUGCUGCCCCGGUGGGUCGGUCGGCCGGAGGCGGGAGUCACAGGAAGAGCCCUCCACAAAAGGAGGCCUCUGCGGAUCAGGACAGCUGCAGGUGGGUGUGCAGACUGGUGAGCUGCCAGCAGGGACCCAGACGCGCCAGGCCUGGAGAUGGCUGGAAACUGCUCCUGGGACGCCCAUCCCGGCAACAGGAACAAGAUGUGCCCUGGCAUGAGCGAAGCCCCGGAACUCUACAGCCGGGGCUUCCUGACCAUCGAGCAGAUCACGAUGCUGCCGCCUCCGGCCGUCAUGAACUACAUCUUCCUGCUCCUCUGCCUGUGUGGCCUGGUGGGCAACGGGCUGGUCCUCUGGUUUUUCGGCUUCUCCAUCAAGAGGAACCCCUUCUCCAUCUACUUCCUGCACCUGGCCAGCGCCGACGUGGGCUACCUCUUCAGCAAGGCGGUGUUCUCCAUCCUGAACACAGGGGGCUUCCUGGGGGCGUUUGCCGACUAUACCCGCAGCGUGUGCCGAGUUCUGGGGCUGUGCAUGUUCCUCACCGGGGUGAGCCUCCUGCCGGCCGUCAGCACAGAGCGCUGCGCGUCGGUCAUCUUCCCCUCCUGGUACUGGCGCCGGCGGCCCAAGCGCCUGUCAGCCGUGGUGUGCGCCCUGCUGUGGGUCCUGUCCCUCCUGGUCACCUGCCUGCACAACUACUUCUGCGUGUUCCUAGGCCGCGGGGCCCCUGGUGCGGCCUGCAGGCACAUGGACAUCUUCCUGGGCAUCCUCCUGUUCCUGCUCUGCUGCCCGCUCAUGGUACUGCCCUGCCUGGCCCUCAUCCUGCACAUGGAGUGCCGGGCCCGACGGCGCCAGCGCUCUGCCAAGCUCAACCACGUCAUCCUGGCCAUGGUCUCCGUCUUCCUGGUGUCCUCCAUCUACUUAGGGAUCGACUGGUUCCUCUUCUGGGUCUUCCAGAUCCCGGCCCCCUUCCCCGAGUACGUCACCGACCUGUGCAUCUGCAUCAACAGCAGCGCCAAACCCGUCGUCUACUUCCUGGCCGGGAGGGACAAGUCGCAGCGGCUGUGGGAGCCGCUCAGGGUGGUCUUCCAGCGGGCCCUGCGGGACGGCGCUGAGCUGGGAGAGGCCGGGGGCAGCACGCCCAACACAGUCACCAUGGAGAUGCAGUGCCCCCCGGGGAACGCCUCCUGAGAGCCCAGCGCCUGGAGGAGGCAGGGGCAGGAAGCGGCCUCCGGGACCCUUUGCCUUGGGACAGGAAUGGGCACCUGCCUCUGAGUCCACAAAGGAGAAGAAAGAUGUGUUUCCUCUCCUCGGGCCUCCUUCUCCCUGGGCUGGGGACUCCAUGGGUGGCUGGAAGACUGGGCAGCCACCUGCAAACAGACGCUGUGGCCCCUGCCCGGCUCCCCCAGCCAUUCUGCUCCCCUAGAGACCCUUUGUACAGAAGUUGCCCCUAGGCGGUGGGGCCCCGCCUUGCCCCAGGCUGGUCGGUAAAUGUGAGGAGGUGGUCAUCCAGCCCAGCCACGUCUGCCUCUUGGGUCAGCCCUCCUUGACCACGGCCCAGCCAGCACCAAGCCAGCAGCCUCGUCCCUGCCAUUCGGGGUUGUUCCAGAGAGUCGAUCCUCUCAAGGCAGCAUCGGUGAACAAAUCCGAAGGAAAUGGUGUCUGGAAGAAGGUUCUGGUUCACAUGCCUUGUAGCUAAGUCUUUCUGCAAACAACUUCCCUGCCCUCUGUCAAGUCAUUUGGUGACUUUGAUGGGGGAGAUUUCUGGUCACGUCAAGGUGCUGGAGACAGGAAGGACCUUGGGCUGCCUUGGGUCGUUGACCUGCCUUUUCUGACUCUGGGGAGGGGCCAGUCCUGGGCUGCCUCCGGGAGCACUCAAGGUAUCCCGCAGGCCAUGAGGACCCACUGGGCAGCUCCUGGACAGCCUCUUGGCUCCAGCCCCCACCCGAAAGUGGACACUGGCUCCGCCCUGGCCACCUGGGGACUGGCAUUAUGGUGCACAGUGGCCCAAUGUAGCCAAAGGAAGUUUUAUAAAAGACAAUAAAAUGUGUAUCAAUAAACACUUCAUAACUUGCAGCCA